AUGCUCCUCCUCGGUCUGACGGGCAGUAUUGCCACCGGCAAGUCGACCGUUUCGAGAAUACUGUCAGCGCAUCCACACUCGCUCCCCAUCGUCGACGCCGAUCAGAUUGCACGUCAGGUCGUCGAACCAGGAACAGCCGGUUAUAGCAAAAUUGUCUCGCACUUCGGGCCAUCGACGCCUGAUCUCUUGCUUCCGGCAGACCCCUCUACAGGUGGUGAGAGUGGACCCAACGGCAAAGGCAGACCGCUCAACCGGCCCGCGCUAGGACGACGGGUGUUUGGUGAGGGCAAAGAGUCGGAUAGGAAGGUUCUCAACAGCAUCGUGCACCCGGCUGUGCGUCGCGAAUUGUACAAGCAGAUGCUCCAAGCAUACCUCAAGGGCCACUGGGCUUGUGUGUUGGACAUACCCUUGCUCUUUGAGAGUGGUUGGGAGCCGCUCUGUGGAACCAUCAUGGUGGUCGCAGUCAAAGACGCUCAAAUCCAGAUGCAGAGACUGCUCGCCCGAGACGCACAUCUGACCGAAGAGGACGCACGGAACAGGGUUGCAAGUCAAUGGGAUGUCAGGGACAAGGCUGCUAGAUGUCUGCGCAGAGGAGAGAAGGCCGGAGUCGUUGUCUGGAACGACGGCGAUCAGGAAGAGCUCAAGCGUGAGAUUGAUAGAGUCAUGGAAGUCGUCAGGACAGGUUCUCCGGCUUGGUGGUCUUGGUUGCUCUUGCUCUGUCCGCCGCUGGCUGUUGCCUCUGGAACCUGGAGCUAUCUUAACGGCAUGUGGGUGAAGAGAAGCUGGGAGAACGAGAAGCUGAGAGAAAAGGCAAAGCUGUGA